AUCAGUGCUCAAAAAGAGUCCUGGGAGUAGGUGAGUGCCAGCAAAAAUGGACGUGCCUUUGGUUUCCUUUGUGUCUUUGCUCUCUGGCGUCACAUUCCUACUGCUAAUUCCUGGAGAUUACUGUGUGGAUAUAAUUGGAGGCAAUGAAGUAUAUCCUCAUUCAAGACCCUACAUGGCCUUAAUCAUUGAGGGCAAAAACUUUUGUGGAGGAGCUCUGAUCCAAGAAGACUGGGUGAUAACUGCAGCUCACUGUGAAAUAAAAGGAAGUACCAAAGUCAUUCUUGGAGCUCACUCAAAAAGCAAAAGAGAGCCAGAAAAACAGAUUAUGACUAUUAAGAAAGAGUUUCCCUAUCCAUGCUAUGACCGAAUCACACAUGAAGGUGAUCUCAAACUUCUUCAGCUGAAUAGGAAAGUGAAGCUUACAGAGGCUGUAAAAGCCCUGAAACUCCCCCAAAAAGAAAAACCGGUCAAACAGGGUACCCUUUGCCACACUGCAGGAUGGGGACGGAUAACCAACCAACCUCCUAAGUACACAGACACUCUGAGAGAAGUCAAUGUCACUGUUAUCGACAGGAGGGUCUGCAAUGACAAAAAUCACUACAAUCUUAACCCUUACAUUGGACCGAACAUGAUCUGUGCUGGAAAUCAAUAUGGUGGGAAAGACACCUGUUAUGGGGAUUCCGGUGGCCCUUUGAUAUGCCAAGACACUUUUAUAGGAAUCACUUCCUUUGGUCUUCCUGGAAAGUGUGGUGUUCCCCAAGGACCUGGAAUCUACACUUUUCUUACAUCAAAGUACCUCACCUGGAUAAAGCAAACCAUCAAGGGAGUGGUUUAACCCACUUUUGAUUCAGUGAUUCCUCCAUGCUGCACUCAAUAAUUGGGACCUAAGAGAAACAGUCAAACUGAAGAAUAAGUAAAUUUAAGACAAGUUUCUACCAGCAAAGUGAAGCUAAGAACUGAGUAAUUUGGAUAACUCAAUUUUUUUUUAAAAGUAGGUGUUAAGUUAAAAGUGGAAUUCUGCCUGAUUUAUUCAGAUAACUGUUUUAAUAAACUGAUCAAUGGUGAUCUGCCCCCUACUAUGUGAGAAAUACAGCAGAUAUGAGACAAUUCCUUAGGUAUAGCUCACAAAGCAUUUUCUUCACAACCCUAUCAGAAGGGUAGUAUUUGCUAACACAGAACAAUUUGGGAUAUCGUUUAAACUAAAAGGCUGAUUAUUCACAUGAAGACUGAUCAUCAAGUUAUUUAUAUUUAUUUUAGCCAUCUCCAACUUCAGAUUCACUAUUCUAAUGCACCAUAGCUUUUUAAAUCAGAAGUUAGAAAAAGGGAAUGCACAUUUUUAAAGCACCUAUUAUAUGCCUGGCACUGUGCUAAACAUUGAAUGAAUAUCAUCUCAAGUGAUCCUCAAAACAACAUUGAAAAGAUGGAUGUUAUGAUCAACAUUUUACAGUUAAGGAAACAGAGAUUAAGACUUACCCAGUAUCACAGAGGGAACAGAAAAGGCCAGAUUUUGAAUUCAGAUAUUCCUGAUUCCAGACCUAGUGCUCUAUCUAUCAUACCACCUAGCUCCAUCCCAGUCUUGUAAAUAUGGAACUGUGAUUUAGAAGCACCAGUGAUGGUAUUUCUGUGGCAUUAAAUUAUUGUCAAUUAAACUAAGCUUUCUCUAUAUUGUAUUUCCACAGUCUAAUUCACCUGUUUCUAGUGCUAACCUUCAAUAUUAUCAGAUUGGAAUAUAGAAAACAUGGUCAUGGCAAGAGUAAUCACGGUGUAAUAGAAAGAGUGUUGUAUUUACCUUCCUGAAAUGAGCAGGAUACCUGCCCCUACUCUCCCAAAUCUGAAUGCAAACCAAUAGCACAGCCAGCACAAGAGCUGACUCAAGGUUCUGCCAGGAAAAUGCUGUUAACAACUGACUCUCCAGGGCAGAAGCGGGGGGAUGUAUGUAAGACACACUUUUACAUUUAAUCUACAUUACUAACAUUCUAUUCACCACUUUCUUAAAACUAGACAAUCAACAAACAAUAAAUCAAGCCCUAAUUUGUACUUUGCAGAUUUCCAAGAUGUAAAUGCUCAUGGUCCCUAUGAAAUGGUGUGAGCUGGCUCCAGCACACUAGUGGCUAUGUUCUUUAUGAAUAAACCUCCCUCUUCUUAAUA